UCGGGGCGGCGGGCUGGCGCGGGCUCGGAGCGGGGCCCGGAGGGAGCGGCGGCCCGGCGGCCCGGCCCGGGGCUGAGCGAAGCGGCGGGCAUGGUGGGGCGAGGGAAGGAGCUGUCUAUCCGCUUCGUACCCGGCCACUGCCACCUGGCGGAGGAGGAAGUAAACAUCCCCAACAGGCGGGUUCUGAUCACGGGGGCCACGGGACUCCUCGGCAGAGCUGUGUACAAAGAAUUCCAACAGAAUAAUUGGCAUGCAGUUGGCUGUGGUUUUAGAAGAGCGAGACCAAAAUUUGAACAAAUUAAUCUGUUGGAUUCUGCUGCAGUUCAUCAUAUGAUACAUGACUUUCAGCCCCAUGUCAUAGUACAUUGCGCAGCAGAGAGACGGCCAGAUGUGGUGGAAAACCAGCCAGAUGCUGCUUCUCAGCUUAAUGUGGAUGCUUCUGGGAAUUUAGCAAAGGAAUCAGCUGCAAUUGGAGCAUUUCUGAUCUACAUUAGCUCAGAUUAUGUAUUUGAUGGAACAAACCCACCUUAUCGAGAGGAAGACAUUCCUGCUCCCCUAAAUCUGUAUGGCAAAACAAAAUUAGAGGGCGAGAAGGCUGUCCUGCAGAACAACCUCGGUGCUGCCAUCUUGCGGAUCCCUGUGCUGUACGGAGAGGUGGAGAAGCUGGACGAGAGCGCAGUGACUGUCAUGUUCGAUAAGGUGCAGUUCAGCAACAAGUCGGCCAACAUGGACCACUGGCAGCAGAGGUUCCCCACGCACGUCAAAGACGUGGCCAGUGUGUGUCGGCAACUGGCAGAAAAGAGAAUGCUGGACCCGUCCAUUAAGGGGACCUUUCACUGGUCUGGCAAUGAGCAGAUGACCAAGUAUGAAAUGGCCUGUGCGAUUGCGGACGCUUUCAACCUCCCCAGCAGUCACUUACGACCUAUAACUGAUAGUCCUGUCUUGGGAGCACAGCGUCCAAGAAAUGCUCAGCUCGACUGCUCCAAAUUGGAGACUUUGGGCAUUGGCCAGCGGACGCCGUUUCGAAUCGGAAUCAAGGAAUCACUCUGGCCUUUCCUCAUUGACAAGAGAUGGAGACAAACUGUCUUUCAUUAGGCUGUCUGAAUUUUUUUUUAAACAUAAAGGGUAUAUAUAGUAUGUGGCACUUUUUAAAGAGAAAAAACCAGGAGAUAGUUUUGUAUGUGUAUUCUUCAAUUGUGACGUUGAUCUUUCAGGUAAAUGAUGCUCUUGCACUAGUGAGAUUGUCUGCAGUGAGAUUGUCUGAAGCAAUUAAGGGCAGAAUGCCUUGUUUGAAAUGAUGACUUUUUCUUGUAUCAUUUUGUUUGUUCUGGCUUCACUUUCUAUUUGAAUAUAGUAAAUUAUGAAUCUUGACUAUUUGAGAGCCGGGACAAUAUAGAUCUGCUGUAAGGAUCUUAUUUUAAGGUUUGUGUGUGGAUGGGUGUAUGCGUCUUAGAUACAUUGUUGAUCUUUUUUAACCUUUUCCUUUUCAGGACUUUUUUUUUUAACGUUUUACAAGUAUGUUAAAUUGUAUGAAAAUCAUUGUUAUUACCUGCUUGCUUGAGCUCAGAUCAAAAUGUUUGAAGACAGAAACUUUAUUUUUGCAACUUGAGUAUAGUUUUUAUGCUUGAGAUGAUCUUUCCACAGGUUCUGUGUAUUGUAACUCCAGGUCCCUGCAUUUGUAGCAGCAUCUGGUGAGCCCUUGAGAGAAUAUGUGUCUGCAUAUGUAUUUUUUUAACAUAAGCAAGACUGUCCUUCACACUCCAUGGUAUUGAUACUUUUACGUGUGGUUAUCCCAAUAAUUAUGGGCCUUGUGAAUCUUCUGACCAUUCAUGAAUAAUAAUAAUAAA